AUGAUCAACAUAAAAAGUUGUCUCUUUUUCUUACUCUUGAUAUUUUUGGCAGCUAGUUUGGACAAAAGAUCCGAUCAACGUGCAGCUUCACUUCGAAAUCUUCUAGAUGAAUAUGAAACUCACCGAAAUCGACGAAUUUUCUUGAAAGAUAUUGAAGAUGAAGUAAAUGCAAAGCACAGUAAAGACCAUUUAGACUCACGUCGUGAAUGGGUGAUAAUAACAAAUCCUGAUGGAAUUAUUAUAACUCUUCAAAAUCGUGCUGCAAUGAAUACUCGUCUUCAAGUACUUUAUACAUAUCCAGAUUGUGAACCAUUUUUAAUGCAAAGUGGCACAAUAAUGACUCAUCAAACAAAAUCAGUAACACUACCAUCAUAUGCUCAAAAUAUAAAAGUUACUGUUCAAAAAGAUAUGUUUGCUAAUAAUUGGCGUGAUGUUGAUACUGUUUCAAUGAAUGGUACUACACUAUGCUUACGUGUUGUUGGUGUUACAGUCUCCUCAAAUAUUCGUCCAUGCGAAUAG